AUGGCGAAGCUUGCCCUCAUGAUGGAGGAGAAGAAGAAGAAGAAAAGCUGUGAUUUGGUUCUGGAGAUAAACUUGGUGUCGGCUCAAGGUUUGAAGGUUUGUUCGAAGAGCAAGACUGAAACUUACGCAGUUGUUUGGGUUGAUGAUUUGUCCAAGAAGUUACGAACUCGCACGGAUUGUCUUGGAGGUAAAAACCCUACAUGGAACGACAAGUUCCUCUUCAGGGUUUCUUCCGAAUUUCUCAACAGCCCCACCGCGGCUUUCAAUGUGGAGAUUUACGCCGUAGGGCAUAACAUAUUGAAGGACUCCCUGGUUGGUACCGCAAGAUGCCUUGUCAAUAACCUUCUCGGAAAGAUGAUCACCCCGGUCCACGUUCACCGUCCAUCGGGAAACUUCCAUGGGAUUUUGAAUGUUUCGGCUUCACUUUGUGACGAGGGAGUCAUCGGUCUGGAUUCGGGUAUGUUUGGGGGAUCUUCAGGAUUUGGUUUUCAUGAUUUGAUGACUAAAACUAAAGCUGAAGUUGAGGCUGAGGAGGGAAACAAGAAUUUGUUACAGAAGUUGAGGCUGGUUAGAUCGUCACCGUCCUUGUCGACCAUGACCGCGCCAACCACUCCGUUGAAGGAAUUGAAUGAAGCUGCCACAAUGAGGAAAGUGAAAUCUGACUCGUCGCUGGCCACAAUGUUGAGGACUUUAGCAUCCUUUUCAACUCUGCCCGAAUACAUCCAAUUAUGAGCCUCUUAAUAUAGAGUUACAAGAGACACAAAUGGGCGCAAAAGAAUGCAUCCAAACUGGCAUAAUGUCCAUCACAAUGGUAUAUCCAUUGUGUGCAUUGUGCCAUGAAGGACUCACUUGUGCAAAGAAGGAAAUUUUGAGGAGGAGGAAGUGGAACGCGCAAAUGGCACACGAUAAACCAUCAGCAGCUCUACCAAAAAGAGAUAAUAACAAGAAGCCUGAGAACGAAACACUGCAAAUCUCUGGGCCCAACAAGAUCGAAGAGACCAGCCAAAUUUUAUCGGAGCUCAGUGCAAUGUAUUACAAUCUGGUGGCAAAUUUUAAAGUGUGCGUGUUUAUUUAGUGUACGUA